GAAAUGGCAGAAAACCAAUACAGUCAGAUAUUUGGGUUCGUCGUGUAAUUUAUUUAUAAACAAACACGAAUGGAGUGUAACGAAAGUAUACAAGAAUUAAUUCAAAUUUCGUUUACUUGUAAACUAUGUGGUUAUGGUGGCCAAGUGGAAGACGACAUUAAACAACACAUUAAAACGGAACACAAUGACAAUGAAAAGGUCCAGACAGCGAACACAGAAUCCACAGCCAAAGUGAAAGAGGAGAACCAUGUAUCAAAUCAAAGAGGGAAUUUAAAGAGAAAAUGUAAAACGAAGAAUGAAGACUUUGUAUAUUACGACCAGAAAACAAGCAAAACUCAACAAAACACCAAUGCUGAGAUUACCUCAUUGGAAAAGCAGCAAUGUUCUAAAACAGAUUCAUGUACUGAGCUUGCUUCUGAUAAUUUGAAGUUUUCUGACUCAAUGCAAUGCCAAGUUUGUAAAAGAAAAUUUAAAUCAGAUGAGGACCUAACAAUACACAUAGACUCACAUUAUGGUGACAAGUUUAAAUGUGUGAUGUGCGAUUAUGAAAACAAAAAUUGGACCCAAGUGAAAAUACACAUGGAGACUCACAACCAUCCUUCCACCAACCCUUGUAAUGAAUGUGGAGAAACAUUCGCAAGUUCUUUUACACUUUAUAGUCAUAGGAGAUACACACAUAUGGGUGGCGAGCACUUAUGUGAUGAAUGUGGUUUCCAUGCAGCGUCUAAAUAUAUUUUACUUCAACAUCAGUUAUCUAAGCAUUCCAAUCACCAGUGUUGCCAGUUCUGUCCAUAUACCUCAGAUAAUCAGAGAGAUUUAUUAGACCACAUCAAACUACGACAUGAGAAUGGUUUCACUUGCAAGUAUUGCGUGGCUUCAGUGGGGAAUCCACAGUAUAAGACAAAGGAGGAUUUGAACACACACUGUAGUGUUGCACAUCCUGGUUCUAAACAUUUCUUCUGCCAGCAAUGUAAUUAUGUAGCAAAAUUGAGCCACCACUUACGGAAACACAUGAAUGUUCAUACAGGAGCUCAACCUUACGCUUGUCGUUAUGAUGGGUGUAACUUUAGAACUAAAGACCAUAAAAACAGGAAGCAGCAUGAGUUAACAAAACAUAAGAAACCCGGUGACUUGGUUUGCCGUUCAUGUAGUUUUGUUACAACAAAUCAAAAUGAGUGGGACGUGCAUAGAGCGAUGUAUCAUAUGCAGGAGUUUAAAUGCGACGCUUGUGAUUUUAAAUCAAAUAGUCAAGCUUCAAUACGUCGUCAUCGUCUGUCAAAACACAUUCCUGAAGAUAAAAUGAGAUAUCUAUGUUCGUAUGACGGCUGCAGUUACAUCACUAAUUUAAAAGAGAAUUUACAAAAGCAUUCCUUAACGCACCAGGAGAAAGAUCAGCCAUUUAUGUGCCCUAUAUGUCGAAAAACUUUUGAAAUCCGAGACAAUUAUAAAAAUCACCUGCAAGAACAUCACCCCGCAGUUAAGAUAUACGUCUGCGAGAAAUGUUCGUUUUCAACCAAGAAUAACCAAGGAUAUAAACGCCACAUCCUACGUCACAAUGCUACUAAAAGUUUCCAUUGCAAGAUAUGCCGUUAUAAAGGACGUACGAAACAAUUAUUACAAAGUCACAUGAAAUGUAGACAUAAUAAUCAUGUACCAAAGAAUGAAUCCACAAGUACGCCAGAGGUGAAACCAUUAACCUCACAAAUGUAUCCUUCUAGUUCUGUGCAUUCACCCCAGCUGCUUGGACAUUCUUUAUUGGAGCUUCAGACACCUCCUGCUACACAAGUUCGUCUGCAAUCAUUCCCUUCAACUCCGCACGUCACUGCUGACGUCACAAACGUUGCUGACGUCACAAACGUACAGUUAAACCACGUGACGUUAAACACUCCUACCACUGUGAUCAUACAGCCAGGGGAAUCGCCGAUGUGCUACGGGACCUCACCCGACUUAUUGGCCAAUUAACAUAUAGUGGGAUGGGGGAAGAUGGGACACCUUCGGCGCAUAAUAUCCGAAUAUCCUGAUCGUGUUUUAAACAAUUAACAACGGUCUAUGGGAGUCUUGAGCAUAUAGUUUUAUAAUUCUUUGAAUGUUCCUUGUUUACUACCACAUUGGACGAGAAAAUCGAGUUAAAAUGUGUCCCAACUUCCCCCACCCUACUAUAUAUUGCAACGUUGAUAUAUGCCGUUAUUUUAUGAUGUGAAUGAAAUAAACGAUCUUGCACUAAA